AUGAGAGAAGCAGAACAGGAAUUGUAAUCCCAGAAUCACAGAACAUUCUGAGUUGAAAGGGACACACAGGAUCAUCAAAGGAAUGUUUGAACAUUUACACAGACUCCAGAACUGUGACUUAAGCUGGUCCCCAUGUGCAGCCCCAGCAAAUGUCCAACAGCAGCUCCAUCAGGCACUUCCUCCUGCUGGCAUUGGCAGACACACGGCAGCUGCAGCUCUUGCACUUCUGCCUCUUGCUGGGCAUCUCCCUGGCUGCCCUCCUGGGCAACGGCCUCAUCAUCAGCGCCGUAGCCUGCGGCCACCACCUGCACACGCCCAUGUUCUUCUUCCUGCUCAACCUGGCCCUCAGCGACCUGGGCUCCAUCUGCACCACUGUCCCCAAAGCCAUGCACAAUUCCCUCUGGGACACCAGGGACAUCUCCUAUACUGGAUGUGCUGCACAGCUCUUUUUCUUUCUGUUCUUCAUCUCAGCAGAGUUUUUCCUCCUGACCAUCAUGUGCUAUGACCGCUACGUGUCCAUCUGCAAACCCCUGCACUACGGGACCCUCCUGGGCAGCAGAGCUUGUGCCCACAUGGCAGCAGCUGCCUGGGCCAGUGCUUUUCUCAAUGCUCUGCUACUCAUGGCCUAUACAUUUUCCUUGCCCCUGUGCCAUGGCAAUGCCCUGGGCCAGUUCUUCUGUGAAAUCCCACAGAUCAUCAAGCUCUCCUGCUCACAGUCCAAACUGAGGAAACUGGGGCUCAUUGUUGGUAGUUCCUGUUUAGGUUUGGGUUGUUUUGUGUUCAUUGUUUUCUCCUAUGUGCAGAUCUUCAGGGUUGUGCUGAGGAUCCCCUCUGAGCAGGGAUGGCACAAAGCCUUUUCCACCUGCCUCCCUCACCUGGCUGUGAUCUCCAUGUUCAUCAGCACUAGUGUCUUUGCUCACCUGAAGCCCCCCUCAGUCUCGUCCCCAUCCCUGGAUCUGGCCCUUUCAGUUCUGUACUCGGUGGUGCCUCCAGCCCUGAACCCCCUGAUCUACAGCCUGAGGAACCAGGAGCUCAAGGCUGCAGUGUGGAGACUGAUGGCUGGAUGCAUUCAGGAACAUUAA